AUGGUUUUUCGAUUUGAAAAUUUCUUCUUUGUUUUUUCUUUUAAACUUGAUUUUUAUUUUUUCUAUUCACCUGAAAUAAUGAGCACGUGUGUAAAUACAACUACAUUGGUUAUUGAAUUAAAUAUUGGAGAGUUUAUGGAAACCAAAGUUUUUCGGCUUGAACAAGGUUGGAAAAUACACUUCAAACUUGGUGAAUCUCUUAUUGGAAAAGCUAUUCGCCUGAGUAUAUUGGAUACUGAUUUUGAUCAAAUAUUUCCUACAUUUUGUGGUGAUGCGAUUAAAAGUUUGGAUUCGAACGAGAAUUUUUUGGUUUUUGAAUGUAAUGUUUUUGGGGCUUACAAAUACCAAUUUUAUGCUGAUACCGCCUCUCCAACAAAAUCUACACCGCUUGGUUCUGGUUAUUUCACAAUUUUACCUCAAUGGAGAAUUGGAAAAGAACAAAAAUUGCUUUCAGUAAAUGGACUCUGUACAAUUACUUUUUUAACAAAAUUGUUGGGUCCUUUAAAUGAAUGGGAAGAGAGAUUACAAGUUGCUAAUAAAUGCUGUUUUAAUGUUAUACAUUUAACUCCUGUUCAACAAUUGGGAAUUUCUAAUAGCAGUUAUUCAAUCGCGGAACAUGACAAAUUAAAUCCCUUAUUUGAAAGUAAUUUUGAUGAAUUAGAACGUUUAAUAAGGAAAAUAGAGACUGAUUGGAAUAUUUUAACAAUUCAAGAUGUUGUUUGGAAUCAUGCAGCUAAAAAUGCUUCUUGGCUACAGACCCAUCCAGAAUGUGCCUACAAUCUUUCCAAUUCUCCACAUUUACGUCCAGCAUAUAUCUUAGAUAGAGCAUUACAACAAUUUAGCAGAGAAAUAUCUCAAGGAAAAUGGGAAAAUAGAGGAAUUCCUGCUUUAAUUAAUUCAGAAAUUCAUUUAAAUUCAAUUUAUUCGAUUUUAAAAGAUGAAAUUAUUCCUAAAUUAAAAUUGGAAGAAUUUUAUCAAAUUGAUAGGGAAGAAGCGUUAAAAUGUUUUGAAACCAAAAUUGAAGGUUAUUUUUUAAUUUUUGAAUUAAAUAAGGGGUAAGGGGGGACAUUUCGC